AUGGGGAAGCACUUCCUGCUGCUCCUGCUGGGCCUGUCCCUAGUGGUGGGCUUCCUGCAAGCUCUGACAUGCUUACAGUGUGACUUACUAAACUCUGAUGGAGAGUGUAAGAAAGGAAAAAGCACGUGUGAGGCUAAAGAUGACCAGGAAUGUGGCAUACUGGUAGUGUCUAAAGGUUAUGAUAUCCUGUUUGGACAGCAGGAUUGCUCUUCUAAUUGCUUAAAUAAGACUUUCACACAUUAUAACAUAACACUGGAUUUUUCCUGUUGUCAUAACCAAUCUUUGUGUAAUGAGUUUUAGAGGCUGGGCCUUUCCUUGCCCAGUUCUUCUGCAGUGCUGUCUACUGAAUCCUGGCUCUGGAGCACGAGAACAAGCAUUCCAUUCCCGACCUUGUCAUGAAACCAACAUCUUGGUCUUUCC